AUGCCCGCCAACACAUGCGUCAAGCGCGCUCUCAGCGCCAUGGAAAAAGAUCCCUCUAAAAUACUAAAUGUCACCUACAACGGCAACACCAUCACACCCAAGCAAUACAUUCCCCGAUCAGAAGCUCAAACCACCCCCUCACUUUCCCUCCCAACCCCCACCCCCUCCACCACAUAUCUCCUCAUCAUGCUCGACCUGGACGCGCCCUCCCCCUCCCUCCCCCUUCUCGGUCCCAUCCUCCACUGGAUCCAACCCGGCUACACCACCAACCCCACCGGUCUCCUCACCACCACCGAGCCCUUCAUCGCCAACUAUAUUGGUCCAGCUCCUCCUCCAGGAAGUGCACCGCAUCGAUACUCCUUCUACUUAUUCGAACAGCCGGAAGAUUUCAACGGUGGGAAAUACGCACCCAGCGGAGGGAAACCGCUGAGUAAUUGGUAUCGAAUGCGCUUUGAUUUGGAUGGGUGGCAGAAGAUGGCUGGGCUGGGGGAACCGGUUGCUGUGAAUUAUUUUCUGAGUAAUUAG